AGGAAUCAUUAUUGGUCAGCAAUAGUACGCGCGCUCAGAUUCGCUCCAGUUUUCUCUGCCCCCUGCUUCUGCUGGCCAAAGCUUCAAUUUUGAUUUGGGUUUGCCUUCUGGGACAAUGCCUUCCCAUCCUCUAGCUUCUUUCAACUUCCAAGAUCUCUUGGAUUCCAUCGAAGCUUUCCUCUUUGAUUGCGAUGGUGUCAUUUGGAAGGGUGAUAAGCUUAUUGAUGGUGUUCCCGAGACUUUGGAUAUGCUCCGGUCCAAGGGAAAGAAGCUGGUGUUUGUGACCAACAAUUCCUUAAAAUCGAGGAAACAGUAUGCUAAAAAGUUCCAGUCUUUAGGAAUUUCGGUUUCCGAGGAGGAAAUUUUCUCCUCGUCCUUUGCUGCUGCCAUGUACUUGAAGGUCAACAAUUUUCCCUCGGAAAAGAAGAUUUAUGUAAUUGGCGGAGAAGGUAUACUGGAUGAGUUGCAGCUUGCAGGAUUUACCGGUCUUGGUGGUCCAGCAGACGGGAAUAAAACAGUACAGCUGAAUCAGAACCGCUACUUUGACCAUGAUAAGAGUGUUGGAGCUGUUGUGGUGGGAAUAGAUCCAUACAUUAACUACUACAAGCUUCAGUAUGGAACUCUUUGCAUACGGGAGAAUCCUGGAUGCCUUUUCAUUGCCACCAAUGGAGAUGCAAUUGGACAUAUGACUGCCUUGCAAGAAUGGCCUGGUGCCGGUUGUAUGGUUGCUGCCAUUUGUGGAUCAACCCAAAAGGAGCCUGUUGUAGUUGGGAAGCCAUCCACCUUUAUGAUGGACUUUUUAUUACAGAAAUUCAACAUAAGUCCAUCCAAGAUGUGUAUGGUGGGGGACAGGCUAGACACUGAUAUUUUGUUUGGACAGAAUGCCGGCUGCAAAACUCUUCUUGUAUUUUCAGGUGUCACGUCAGAACCUGAGCUGAAAGACCCUUCAAAUAACAUUCAACCAGACUACUAUACGGGCCAACUAUCUGAUAUGCUGAAAUUUUCGGGAGCUUAGUUUAAUACCUUCCAAUUUGGACAUCCCUUUCAAUUCUUGGGAAAUUUUUUUACAGUUGCAGGUAGUCCAUAAAAAAGCUACAUGCUCUAACUGAGAGCAAUUGAUCCAUACACAAACUAUUUCUUUGAGAUAUCUGAUUGUUUCCCCAUUCUUAUUAUUAAUAUUAUUACUGUUGUCAUUAUUUUGAAA